CUUAAUUGUUGGAUGAAGAACACGAGGAGGUACAUCACAGGCUUUCUGGUUGCUGCACCAACCAAGAGCAAGUGCGACCGGCCAAAGUUCCAAGGUUCCCUCGAGCCUCCUGCUCUGUGCAAGAUGCUCAGAUUCCUAUUCUUUCGGGGAGCACAGCAACCUGGGCCACGGGUGUCGUCUCCAUGCUUCAUAGGUCUUUGGUGCAGUCUUCAGCACACCCUGCCCUGGCCAUGGCCCCAAUCUUUUCUCUCUCCACCUGUGGGCAUCGAGUGGCGACAUUAACACAUGCCACCUACCAUGUUGGCCCGCACUUGGAGACAAUCGUCAAGUCAAGUGCUGGUCAAAACUCAGCCAACCUUCACGAUGCCUUCAAACCUACCGUUCUCCUCUCAGUCGGUCAGCGUUCGACAAACGACUCCCUACGUCAAGAUAUCGAGACCUUUCGGCGAGAUGACGACGUUUUCUCGGAUGACUUCCUGACUGACUCUGUCCUGGUCCAGGGAGUUCAAGGUUGGAAUUUCGAGAACUCGCAAAUCAAUUGGGGUGGCCUGGGAAUACAGACUGCCAACGGGUACUGGAACCCGACUGAUGUUAUGACAGUCCAGACCGAUCUGCCCCCAGGGCCUUACUUCUUGACGGCCGAGAACAAAAUCGCCCAGGCCUGGCGGCUCUACCCUGACGUACAGGAUGCUUUUGCGACUACCUUUGUACCGUCGGAGGAUGAUCCGGGCCGAUUUGAGCCCCUCGAACUCACCGGUGGGAAAGGUCUCUGGCGCCAAGUGGCAGUUCCCAGUCGCCUUUAUUCGAUACCAACGAAGAAAAGGCCGCUAGCUGGCAAAAGAAUCAGCAUCAAGGACAACUUCAAGAUAGCAGGGGUCCAAACUACCCAGAAUAAUCGUGCAUGGUGCAGCCUUUACGGGGUAGAGAAUGAGACUGCCAAAUAUGCCCAGCAACUCAUCACCCUUGGGGCAAUCAUCGUCAGAAAAACAAAGAUGUGCUCGUUCGCAUCUUCAGAAGAGGCCACAGACCAAUGGAUCGACAUCCACGCUCCCUUCAACCCAAGGGGAGACGGUUACCAGAGCCCCUCGGGCAGUACCACAGGUGGUGGUGCCAGUCUGGCCACUUAUGACUGGCUUGACUACUCUAUUGGUACUGAUACAAGCGGAAGUAUACGAUGGCCUGCGGCUUACAAUGGCUUGUUUGGGAUGAGAGUCUCUACCGGGACUGAUACGCUUGAGGGGAUCUAUCCUGCCUGCAGGUGGUCACAGUGUCCCCCACCUGAGGCAGAGGGUAAAGAUUUCAAAACAUACAUCGACAAGACGGCAUACUACCCCUUCUACUACGAUGGCUUCAAUGAAUUCUCACAAUUUCGCAAAGAUUACGAACAGAAGUUUGACAAGCCUGUUUAUCACAGGGAUCGAGGGGCGGAAGUUAGUCUCAAGCAGAAGGAACAGUCUCUCAAGGAGCUCGAGGUGUACCGUCGCUGGUUUCAUGACGCUGUAAUGAAGCCGGAAGCCGGUGGCGGUUCUGACGCAAUCCUGAUCCUCCCGGUUGGUAGCGGUGACCCAAAAUACCGCGACGAGCCAAAUAGUACAAACUACAUUGGAUCAAUGCAAGGGUUGGCUCAAAUAGUCGUGCCGGUUGGGCAGACCCCGUACGAGUCUAGGAUCAGCAAGAGAACUGAGUACAAUCCUAUUGUGGCCUCAAUGGCCAGUGCCCCCGGUCUCGAGCUCAUGAAAAAUACAGGCAGCGAUUUGAUGCUAGUUGCCCUCGCCAAGGCGGUUUUGGAAGGCGCUCAAAGACCGACCAAGGUGGAAACCGGGCGUUUUAUGUUCAAGUUGUAG